AUGAGCAGACAGGGAGACUUCGCCGCCGUAAGGCGUGAUAUAAUUGCCCAGAUGAAGCAGCCUGGGUACGACGAUGGAAGCGCAGGACCAGUCUUCGUCCGGCUCGCAUGGCAUUCCUCAGGCACAUACGACGUCAAGAGCGACACCGGCGGCUCCAACGGCGCUGGCAUGCGAUAUGAAGCUGAAGGAGGCGACCCAGCCAACGCCGGUCUGCAGUACGGCCGCUCGUUCCUCGAACCCGUCAAGGCCAAACACCCCUGGAUCACAUACUCGGAUCUCUGGACGCUCGCCGGCAUAGUCGCCAUCAAGGAGAUGGGAGGCCCCGAGAUAAGCUGGCAGCCUGGCCGAACAGACUUCGUCGACGACUCGAAGGUGCCUCCGCGCGGCCGUCUGCCCGAUGCCACCAAGGGCAGCGAUCACAUCAGACACAUCUUCUACCGCAUGGGCUUCAACGACCAGGAGAUCGUGGCUCUGUCCGGCGCCCACAACCUCGGCCGCACGCAUAUGGAUCGAAGCGGCUUCGAAGGGCCCUGGGUGAACAAUCCAACUCGCUUCUCAAACCAGUAUUUCCGCCUCCUCAAGAGCCUGGAGUGGAAGCCUCGCACCCUGUCCAACGGGACCAAGCAGUUCAACUAUGUCGACGAGGAUGUCCCCGAGAAGGAACGCGAUGAGCCGCUCAUGAUGCUGCCAACCGACAUGGCUCUCCUCUCCGAUCCAGACUUCGCGAUGUGGGUGAACAGGUACGCGGACGACAAGGAGCUGUUCUUCGACCACUUCUCCAAGGCCUUUUCCAAGCUGAUGGAGCUGGGGAUCAGGAGAAACGCGCAGGGCGAGGUCGUCAACACCGACAACAAGCUGGGCGGCUAUGUCUCUGCGCCAAAGAAGAGUGACAAGCCAACUGCUCCAGGCCAGGCACCCAGAGCUCAUCUCUAG